AUUCACUUUACGUCUGCGCCCGCGUCUUUCUGCAGUUGCCCUUUUCCCCUUCUUGAUGGCACCCUGCAGGGCUCGUCAAGGACAACGUUGAAAGCUUCCCCUCUUAUCUGCUACCCGUCGCGAAAGGUCGACGUCACGGGGAGACGGCACAGCACUGCCAGUGACGCGACCAAACAGGAAGCGAUCAGCAAUCAACGAGAAUGGCGAGACUCUUUAGCAGGAGGACGACGCAGCUCCUUCUCGUUCUCUUGGGCCUCUUCCUCGGCGGCACAGUCGUCUUCCUCUAUGCCGUCAAUGCUUAUUUCUCCAUCGAUGCCUCGGCCAUCAUCCAGCCGGAGGAGUUAGGGUCCUGGGAAGAGAUCCAGUGGAGUGGCGAUGUCAACCAGCUACCUUGGUCGUGGAGGUCAAAAUACCCCUGGUUGUCAAAGGCUCUCAAUCUGCGACCCUCGCCCACGUCAGCGUCGUCGAUCUUACAAGACAGCUCCGACAAGCCUUCAAGGGUCAUUGCUGCACCUAUCAGCGAGGAGAGCAGGCGCCUGUCUGAAGCCAUAGCGAAGGCUCAAGAGGAGGCCGCAAGGGCUGCUGGUUGGGGCGAUGCGGAGGGCCAGAUCUUCAAGCCACCGGGAAGAGACAACUCGGUCAAGGCUUGGGAUCCAAAGGACCCACCAGAGAAGAUUCCCAGGAUCAUUCAUCAGACAUGGAAAGACAACAUCUUGCCCCCCGUCUGGCAGGCUGUGCGUGAUGAAUGCGCUCAGAUGCACCCUGACUACGAGUACAUGCUGUGGACAGAUGCCGACUCGCGCAAAUUCCUCGUCGAACACUACUCCUGGUUUGUGCCCAUAUUCGAUGCCUAUCCCUACCCGAUCCAGCGAGCAGACGCCAUUCGCUACUUCAUUCUACAUCACUUUGGCGGCAUCUACAUGGAUCUCGAUGUGGGCUGCCUCCGUCGCUUUGAUCCUUUGCUGCGCUUCGAGGUCGUCCUGCCAAAGACAAUUCCUGUCGGUGUGUCCAACGAUGUCAUGUUGGCCGCAAAGGGCCACCCGUUCAUGGACCACCUGAUCCACAAUCUCGUCACCUUCAACCACCGGUAUCUCACCCAUUACCCGACGGUCAUGUUCAGUACCGGGCCCAUGUUCGUCAGCGCAUCGUACGGCCUCUACGUCGACGCCCACGGCCAGUCCAUGCCGUCUACGUCUUCGAACCCGGCUGCUGGCUUUUCGGGUAUUCGCGUGCUCCCCAAGCCGCUGUAUGGCAAGAAUGCGAAACCCUCAGAGGCCCCCGAUGCCUUCUUCCGGCACUUCUAUGGCUCCAGCUGGCACGCCAAUGAUGCCGACUUUCUCAUCUUCCUCCGUGAUCAUGGGCGCUUCCUCAUGUUCCUGGGCGGCUGCAUCGUCAUAUAUGGCCUCGGGAGAAGUUUGCUGCCGAGGCUGCUAGGACAAGUCAGCUUGCGCGUCGAUGGCAGGAGGAGGAGCAACACCGCGAGUGGUCGGAGAGGCGGAGGAGGCCGAUGGAUUCAGCUUCCUCUCAGCGAUCCCGAUGCGAGAAAGCUUCGCAAAUCGCUGUCGAAUAGCAAGGGUAGUGAGAAACCAAAUACUCGGCGCAAACAUUCCGGUACCCAGACGAUAUCGGCAGCUGCUGCUGCUGAGGCCAUGGCGUCCGGCUCUGGGUCCUCGACGGUGCGUGUGGCUGCCCCUCGACCGCAGAGGGUAUCGAUGCCCAUGUUUGAUUUGAGGGAAGGAGGUGGUGGAGAGGUGGGAUCCGAGGAGGAAGACGACUUGGGACCGGGACUCAACGCCGAGCAGGGUAGCGUCCCCGAGAGCUCCGGGCUUCUGGCAUGGGUCAGGGACGGUUUGGCGAGAAGUCGGCCGUCGAGCAGCGAAGGAGGCCUCAGCGAGACCGAAGUGGCCGAGGCUGCCGACUUGGCGCGGAGCGGGAGCGCAAGCAAGUACAAGGCAAGAUCAAAAAGCUUCAUCAACUUUGGGGGAUCGGGGGCAAGAGGCUCUUCAGCUCGGGGUGCUGGUGGUAUGCUCUACUUGCCGGCAUACUUUGUAGGCGACCGAGGCAAUAGCACAGGCGACAGUUCGAGCAGCGUAACUUCAAGAACAGACGAUGGCACAAUGGCAAGCCCGACCAGCUCGUCAGUCAGCAGCACGCCAAAUUCUGCAUGGUUGGGCUCUACGACGGCCACUUCAUCGUUCACCGCUCCUCACUCCCGCACUAAUUCGUUGGGCAAUUGGGCCGCCAGCUUUUUCCCGACCAAUGGCGCAAUUGCAAACACAAUUCGUGCAGCGAGCCCUUCACUGCAAGGUAUGAUGGCCACUGUUGGCGCCGGGGGUCGGACGCCGAGCCCCUCGAGACAAUUUGACGUCGAGACUGGCAGUGAGAUCCUACCUCAUCUUCAGCGAGCAGCGAGGCAGCAUCAACACGGAGGCUCGUCUUCGUCGUCUUCGAUGGGUUUCAGUGGCUCUGGCCUCAAUAUGAGCUCGUCGACUGAUUCGAGCGAGAUGGAGCCGCUGGGCAGUGUGGAGAUCCACAGUCCGCCAAGCCCCCCUCCUGCGGGCGCCGGUCGAUUCGCAGGAACGUGGACUAGUCAGCAGCAGCCGAGUCGCUUUGCCGAGGGGGAAAAGGGGCCAGCAUCUACAGAGGCAAGCACUAGCAGCCGUUUGCAGAUUGGCGCAACGCCAGGCAGCGACGACCUACCGGGAGCAUCGACGACAAGGAGCAAUGCUAACCGUUUGGUCAGGAGGACAAGCGCGACGAAUCUUGGUGCCACCGUUGCGGGCAACGAAGGGGACAUCAACGUGAACAACGCCAAUGUGACAAAUGCCGGUGAGGAUUCGCCACCACCACCAUAUCAGCAGGCCAUGCAAGCACAGCAGCAACAGCAAGAACGUUCCGAGGACGACUCGCUGACGUCGGGAACAGGAUCGGCCAACGAUGACAAAACGCCGACAUUGGCUGCGAGAAGAUUUACCGGCCGAUGAAGCUGGCUCCUCGCUCCACGGACCUUUUGCACCAUUGCUUCCUCAAUAGCAGUACAGUACCCACCCACCUCCCCCUUUUCUUUUGCCUAUUUCCCCAUAGCUUCCAUCGCUUCCCACCUCUCCCUUAUUCGUCUCGUCUCGUUACGUCUAUGGGCUCGCUCCAAAACGAAGAAUAAACUCGCAUCAUCUCUCAUCCCGUCAACACUCGCAAAACCUGUUCUGUCGUAGUCUGACCAAGAAAAUCUAUCAUGCUGAAUCUGGAUCGAGAUUUG